AUGGCCUCUGAGCAUCAAAUCCCCAUCCUGAUCAUAGGCGGUGGCAUUGUAGGUCUAUCGGCUUCUCUCUUCCUCUCCCAACACGGAAUACAAUCUCUCCUCGUCAAGCGUCACUCAGGAACAUCCGUACACCCACGAGCUCGAUCCGUUAAUGCUCGAACCAUGGAAUCAUUCCGCGGUCUCGGGAUAGACGAUCUUUUCGAGAAGCCGGACAGUGAUAGUGUUACGGCCACACUCGAAGACCGAGAAACUGGCGCUGUCUACUCGGUUUGUGCAGAGUACCUUAUUGCCGCCGAUGGAGCAGGAAGACCUAUCCGAAAUCGAUUUAAUGUCCCAACAUCUGGACAAGGUACGAUGGGGUGUUUACUCAACAUGCUUUUUCACGCCGGUCUCAAAUCCCUAGUACACAAACGAGAAUUUUCCAUCUGUCUGAUCGAACGUUCAGAGAUCAAGGUGGCAUUCACAUCCAUCAAUAAUGACGACUGUUGGGUGUUCCAUCUCGCUUAUGACCCCUCCAAAGGCGAGUAA